AAAAGUCGGUCGUAUCAAAGUAAUGCGAUUUGUGCUUACGUGGGAUUCUUGUAAUGUUUCUACUUAGAAUAUGUUUCCUUUCAGUCUCACACGAAUCAGUUGACUGAAGACUUAAAUGACACCGAGCGUCUGUGGCUAACGUUAGCUUGCUAUGCUAAAGGACACUUUGGCUUUGCCAAGAGGAAGAGAAACGAUGUCUGGAAGUUUUUAUUUUGUCAUGGUUGGCCAUCAGGACAAUCCUGUGUUUGAGAUGGAGUUCUUACCGUCUGGGAAGCCUGAAUCAAAGGAUGACCAUCGUCACCUGAACCAAUUCAUCGCACACGCAGCUCUGGAUUUGGUGGAUGAAAACAUGUGGCUGUCCAACAAUAUGUACUUGAAAACUGUGGACAAGUUCAACGAGUGGUUUGUGUCUGCCUUUGUCACUGCAGGACAUAUAAGAUUCAUCAUGCUGCAUGAUGUGCGUCAAGAAGACGGAAUCAAAAACUUUUUUAACGAUGUAUAUGAUUUAUACAUUAAGUUUGCAAUGAAUCCAUUCUACGAGAUCAACGCACCAAUCCGUUCUACAGCUUUUGAGAGGAAAGUACAGUUUCUUGGAAAGAAGCAUCUCCUGAGUUAAUCACGACACCUGCAAAAUAUGAAUGCAUCUUGUCUAUUCGUUGUACAUAUAUCUAACAUGCUUGUUUGAUGUCUGUUUGUCUUUUCCUGUUCAACACAUGUAAACUGUAUUCAACACAGAUUUUCUAUAAAACAUUUUAUUGUCUGAUGUAA